UCGCUUUCCCUCAACCGCCACUGGGCGGGGGGGGGGGGGUGCAAGAAUUGCCCAAGUGCCGCGGGGAGGACACUGACUUUCACUUUCCCCUCUCUUUGGCAGUGCCAGCCAGACGCAGCGCAGGAGCCUCUCGGCCGCUCCAGGGAUCUCAAAGGGGCUCCCCCCUUGGGUCCUCCCCCCUCCAGCUGUAGCCCCUGGGGCUCCUCCGCCGGCCCUGCCUCGCUUCUGCGCCGAGGAUGUUUAGCCCGAAGCCCUACGACAGCCCUCCCGCUGGGUACGGACCCCCCGGGGAGGACUACGGGUACCCCGUCAAGUUGCCCCCGCCGGGUUCCUACUACAUCGAGGACGAGCCCCAGCUUUUCUACAAGUGGACCUCCCCGCCCAGCGUGGUGAGGGUCCUGGAGGGGCUGGGCGUCCUGCUCUGCGUGGCCAUCUUCGCCUGCGUGGCCUCCACCCUGGCCUGGGACUACGGCUACGGGGGCCUCUACGGCGGAGGCAUAGGCGGCGGCUACUACGGCAUGGGGGGCUACGGCGGCAUGGGGGGCUACGGCGGAGGCCUGGGCGGCUACUACGGCGGCUAUGGCAUGGGGGGCUACUACGGGGGCAUGACCAACCCCCGGGCAGCCAGCGGCUUCAUGCUCGCCAUGUCGGUGCUGUGCUUUAUCGCCCUGCUGGCUCUGGCUGUCGUCAGCCUCACCAAGUCCGGUGCGGCCCGGUCCAGGCGGUUCUACCUGGUGGCCCUGGUGGUCUGCGCCCUGCUGGCCUUCGUCAUGCUGAUUGCCUCCAUCGUCUACAUCGUGGGGGUCAACCCCCAGGCCCAGAUGGGGAGCAGCUACUACUCGGCCAACCCCUUGCUGGCCUUGUGCAACCAGGUCUACACCGGGGGAGCGUCCUACAACCAGUACCUCUACCACUACUGCAUGGUGGACCCCCAGGAGGCCGUGGCCAUCGUCUGUGGCUUCCUCCUGGUGGUCCUGCUUUGCGUCAUCUGCUUCUUCGCCCACAAGACACGCCAGAAGAUCUGGCAGUUUGGCAAGCAGAACAUCUACUGGGACCGGCCCCCAGCGCUGGAGGGGGGCCCCAAUGUGGAGGAAUGGCAGGGCCAUCGUUUUGGGGAGGGGGCUUCCUCUGGGACCCUGAAGGGUGCUGAUCCUCCGAGGCAGGGAGGGAAACGCCCAAGAGUUGGAAGCCAGCCAAGGGGAGGAGCAACCGGGAACUAAGGAGGAAUUGCCUGACUAUUAGAACAAUUCACCCCCGGAACUCCUGGCCACCAGAAGUUGUGGGGGCUCCAUCACUGGAGGCUCUUGGGAAGAGACCAGACAGCUGUUUGUCCAGGAUGGAAUAAGGACUCCUGCCUGAGCAGGGGGUUGGACUAGAAGACCUCCAAGGUCCCUUCCAACUCUACUAUUCUG